AUGGACGACUCGGAACUAAAUGCAAUCCGCUCCGCGCGGUUGGCGGAGUUGCAGAAGAACACAGGUCAGGCGCCAGCAGCAGAUUCCAGAAAAGAUGAUGUCAAAACUUCCAUGCUCGCACAGGUUCUUGAACCCAGUGCGCGAGAACGAUUGAGUCGAGUCCGCAUAGUUCGUCCCGAUAGAGCCGAUGCCGUGGAGCAGUAUAUAGUCAAGCUAGCGUCCACAGGGGCCAUUUCUCGAAAAUUGGCCGAGCUGGACGUGGUAGACAUCCUUGAUGGAUUGUCACGCGACGAGAAGAAGAAGACGGCUACGAAGAUUGUGUUUGACCGCAAGAACACCAUUGACGCCGAAGACGACGAGGACGACUUUUUUGACUAG